CCACCCUCUCAUCUUCCAAAAGUCCGUGGCAAAGAUGUGUGGGCAGAGGCUGAAUAGCACACAGUAGCCAAACAUAUAAAACAGAAGGACUUUCAGAAAAUAAGAGAAACUCAAGUUGACUCUUUGUUACAAGCUUGACCGAGCUGACUGCCAACAAUCAAUCAACGUGACCAGCGCAACUUCAGCAUAACGAUGACUGUAGUACCAUGGGUCAUCAUGCUCCUCUGUGUUAUUCUACCGAGAGUGAAUGGUCUCACCUCCUUCCAUGAAUUCUACAUGGUUGAUAAGGGGGACAGUUUGGUGACUCUGACAUGUCCCACGGCAUUCUCUGGCGCUAUGACGUGGAAGUACGAGGCUGAGGAUUUAGACAAAACUCAGGUCCAAGGCCAUAACCUGAUACUGAAUGAGGUGGACUGGUAUGGAGAAUACAGCUGCUGGGAUCGAGACAGGAAACUAGGAUCCAUCUAUCUACUGGAGGAGCUGAAGGACCCGGAGGAACAGGACGAUUAUUUAAUCAGCUGUCGAGCCAAGUCUUAUGGCUGCACCUUUAACUGUAGCUGGACCCGCAGUGAAUUCACAGCUGUCCGUCUUGGGUUGGGCCAUGACUGUACUGACAGCCAGGAAUCUUGCACCUGGGUGUACCCAACGACCAGCCUCCAAGAUGGAGGGUUGGAGUUUGAACUGACACAUUCACUUUCACCCUACACUGAGGAGACUGCUCCCCUAGUGGUCACUGUUGAGGCCAUCACCAGGCAGGAGUACCUCAGGAAGACUAAGAGGUUCUACCUACACGACAUUGUCCAGCCAGACAGUCCUGCAGGGAUGAAGUGCCAGGUGAUGGAUCAGAGAUUGAAGGUGAAAGUAGAACCACCAGCCACCUGGAACUGUCCGCCCAGCUACUUCCCUCUGGAGCACCAGAUAGGAUACAUUUUUAAAGACAACGGAAAGGAGGAGCACUCUAUGAAUCCUCUCAUACCGAGAGGGGUCAGUAAGCUGAGGGUCCGCUCCAGAGACCCCCUGGUCCCUUCCCCCUGGAGCCAGUGGACCCCCUGGAAAAAUGUGGUUACGGGAGGCAAAAAGGAGGAGAAAUGCAAAGAGAAACGCAAAGGAAAAGAUAGCAUCUGCUGCAAGACAGGAGAAAAGAAGGGGACCAAGACUAAGUCGAGAUCUGCAUUCACUGCUAAUGAAUAACGGACAUCGUGCUCCCUAUUGUCGUAUCACUAUGUGUUUCUGGGAUCUAGACAGUUAAAUAUGCCAAUAAAAUGUAAUAUGUAACAUUUUCCCAAAAAGUAGUGAUAAUUAUUGACUUUCCACAUGCAUGUAGUUGGUCUAUAAAGUGGAUGGUCCUCAUGCAGACAUUGUUUUACUUGUGCAAAUUUCAGAUGAAAAUGCUAAUCUGAUGAAUAUGACCAGAAAUUAUUUUUAUCUAUUGUGGAAAUUAGAUCACAACAUCAAUGCAUCAACAUAUACAGGUUGUUAAAGGGGCAUGCUGCAGUUCAAACAAAAACAAACUGGACACAUGCCACUGUCUUGGUAUAAAGGCUGACCGAUGGGGCUGGAGAAAUGUAAAAUAUGUAUUUUGUUUUCGGUUUUGCCUUCUUAUCCAGUAAUAAAGAAGAUGAGUACACAUAACCCCGCUGCGUAUUGGUCCACUUUCUCCGACGAUGAUUUCUCUAUAUCUUCAGACGAAGAAGAGUGUUAUAGAAUCUCCCACCAACCAAGGACCAAGCAGCGGGGUAAGGAGCAAUGGGAGAGUAAUAUGGACUAUCGGGAAAAGUGGACGUGGGAGGAGAUUAUGGCCAGAGAAGGUCCAUGGAGAAAAUGGAGCGAAGAUCGGGAACGCUACAGGGGAACACGACUGGCGUUUAAGCCGGAGAGGCACCCCCAAUAAUUUUUUUGGGGGGGGCACAUGGGUAGUUUGGCUAGGCCAGGCAGUAGACCUAAGCCAGCUCCCCGUGCUUUUUUUGGGAAGCGUUGAGUGGAGAGCGCCAAGGUAUGCGGAAGUGCGCACGAUCUCGCCCAUACGCACGCACAGUCCGGUGCGAGUU